GUAAAUUAUAAUAAUAUAAUUAUAAUAAUUUUAUUUUAAAUUUUAUUUUAUAUAUAAUUAAAUUUCUUUUUAUUUGUAUAUAAUUUUUAUUAAUAAACUUAAUUUUUUUUCUUUUUUUUAUUUUUUUUUUAUUAAAAAAAAAUAAAAGAAAAAAAAAAAAAAAAAAAACCUUUAAAUAAAAACCAACAUAUAUAUAACAUGUGUUCAAUAGCACAAGAGAAUAUAUCAUGGAUUUGGAUUAUAGUACAAUAGAUCAUUCUAAUCGAGCAAUAACAAUAGAUAAUAAUAUUGUUAAUAAUAAUAAUAUUAAUAAUAACCACAAUAAAAUUAAAAAUUCACAAACAUCAACAUCACAACCAAAUCAUAGACCUACAAGUCCAAAAACAGUGUUAUCAUCAUCACCAUCAUCAUCCUCAUCAUCAUCGCAACCAAUAAAUAAAACUAGAUCAUCCUCACAAUCAUCAUCAUUUUCACCAAUAGUUAUCAAUUCCAAUUCGAAUAACAAUAAUAAUAAUAAUAAUAAUAAUGAAGAUUUAUCGAGUUCAACAGAAAUUCAUCAAGAUGAAAAUCAAUUAAAUUCAAAUAUUUUCGAAAACUUGGGUUUUGUUAUUGAUAUAACUAUUAAUCUCAAAAGGAAAAUGGAGUUAGUAAAGAUUAUUAAAAAGAAUGGAGGCAAAAGUUGUUAUUCAUGCACAAAGGCGACACAUUUAAUCACCACAAAACAAGGUUAUAUAGAGAAGACACAAAAAGUUCAACAAGCUCUUUCUUUAGGUAUACCAAUUUUAGUUAAAGAAUAUGUUCAUUAUUGCGCAUUUAAAAAAGAGUUACUUCCUGUUGAAACCUAUUUAGUAUCAUCCUUAAUAUCUAAUACAUCUGUUUUAUCAUUAUCACAAGAGUUAGAGGUAAAAUCAAAUGAUGAAGAUCAUAAUGGAAUUACCAAUAUUGAAAAUGAAAAUGGUGAAGUUAUUCUUACACCAUUAGAUAUUUCAGCCACAACAGUAACACCUGCAUCUACACCUACACCUACACUUACAACAGCAAUAGCAACAGCCACAGAAACAAUAAUAGAUACACCAACUCCAUUACUUAAUAAUACAUCAGAAUCGUUUAUAUCAAAAAAUACAUCCCAAGCAACCACAUCAGAUUCAAAUAGUUUAACGAAUGAUUCAAACUUAAAGAGCGAUCAUUCAACAGAGGAUGAAUCUAAAAAUAAUUUAUCAUCAAUUGAUUCAAAUACCAAAACAAUAGAAAGCAAUUAUAUUUCUACUCAAAAUUUAUCGAAUACUCUUGCUUCUGUUGAUAAAGUCGAUCUUGAUGAUAAGCAAACAACAACCAACACAACCAACACUACAACCACUACCACAACUCAACCAUCACAACCACCAUCUAUCCUACCAACUUUAUCGUCGAGUUCAACAACCACUAUAUCAUCUUUACCAACCAACACAGUUAUAACUCCAGUAUCAAUAUUAAAGAAUCCAAAUUCUGGUUCGUCAACAAAUAAUUAUAAAAUUGAUGACGCCGAAGAAAAUUUAAAAUAUGAACUCAAAGAAAAGAAAAAGAAAUUUUCACAAAAAAGAAACCAUCUUUUAAAUUUGAAAAAGAGUUACCAAGAUCCUUCAACUGUUACACAAUCUAGACCAAGAAGAAGUAGUGGUGGUGCAACCUUAAUGGAAGCAAUUACCGAUCAAGUUAAUUAUAUUUCUAAUCUUGAUGGUUUUAAAUAUUAUGCUAGAGGUCAUCAAAUGAAUAACAACAAUACAACUAAUAGUAUCGCAAUUACUCAUAACACCAACGGUUAUAAUAAUAAAUCAUUAAGAUUAAACGAGUAUAAUCCACUUGAAGAAGAAGAAGAGGAGUUUGAAGAGUUAGAAGAGGAAUUUGAAGACGAGGAAGAUGAAGAGUACUAUGAUGAAGACGAAGAAGAGGAGGAGGAAGGUUUAAGUGAUGAGUAUGAUGAAGAUGAAGAUAACGAAGGAGAUGAAGAGGAGGGUUUAAGUGAUGAGGAUGUUUCACAUAAUUCAAAAUUCAAAAAACAAAGAAAACACAACGAUUUCGAAUUCGAGCACCAUCACAAACAACAAAAAAUUCAACAAUUACAAAAACAAAUAGAAAGUUUAGUACUAAACAACAAUGGUAGUCAAAAUGUUAGAAAGUUAAGAUCAUAUUCAAGAGACUACAUUGACAAUACCGUUGUCAAAGGUUUAAAUAACGAACACAAUCCAACAUCAAGAAAUACUAUUCAAAAAAGUUCAAGUUUAGAUAAAAUUUUACAUUCCCCAAAAAAAAGACCAAUUCAACAACAACAACAACAACAACAACAAGAUAAUUUAUUAAAUAGUAAUUUAUUAAAUAGAGUUAAAGAAGAUUCAAUCACAGCAACAUCUGAUUUAUCAUCGUUGGCAUCAUCAUCAUCAUCUGUCUCACCAUCAUCACCAAAACAACAAUCCUUAAUCGACAAAUCAAAUCUAUUGAAAAAUAAGAAAAAGAAACCAUUUUUACCACCCCUUUCAACUUUGGUUCAUAUUUUAGUUACCUUUAUUAUACUUAGUGCAUUCUUUAUGUCCUUACCUAACCCAACCAAUAAUGUAUAAUUAAUUUAUAAUUAAUCAAAAAGUAAUACAAAUAGAAAAAGAAAAAUAAUUAAUAAAAAAAUAAAAAUUUUUGCUUUUGAUUUUUUUUAAAAU